UACUAUUCUGCUAAAAUACACUUUCACACCAAAUCUGAGAUUCUUUAUAAAAACAGCUUAACAAAAACAAAGUUAGAUUCAUUCAUCUCUCAAUUUGAACAUUUUUUUCCAAGCAAAAAAUGGGGAAAAUUCCAUGUCCUUUGCCCUUCCAAUCCAAGCAAAAAUCAACAGAUUCUGAUCAAUUUCACCCAAUUUACUCAGAUUCAUCUUCAUCUUCAUCUUCAUCUUCAUCAUUAUCAUUAUCCAGAUCAUCUUCUUCCCUUUACUCACAGCCAAGUUUAGCAUCAGUUCCUUCUUUAACUCCACCUUCUUCCCUUUACUCACAGCCAAGUUUACCAUCAGUUCCUUCUUUAACUCCACUUUCAACUCAUUCAGAACUUCUAUCAAACACCUUCUGUGCAUCCACUUUUACCGGUCUUUCCUCUUCCGUUUAUUGCCUAUCACUCGCCGGAAAACGCCUCUACACCGGAACUUCCAACGGAGAAAUCCUUCUAUGGAAAAGAGACCCUUUAAACCAAGAGAAAAAUUAUUCAAUAGUAGUAGUAGCGCAGAAACAGAGUAGGAGCUCUGUUAAAUCCAUAGUCAUUUUUGGGGAUAAACUCUUCAGUGCUCACCAAGACCACAAAAUUCGCGUCUGGAAAAUCGACAACCACGAAGAUGACAUUGAUUCAUCGAAUCAAAAUUAUUACAAGUGCAUUGCUACUCUACCGACGCUGAAGGAUCGGUGUAUGAGAUUAUUCAGCCCGAAAAACUACGUUGAAGUUCGUAGACACAAGAAAUGUACAUGGGUUCAUCAUGUUGAUACAGUUUCAGCUUUAGCUAUAUCUUCAGAUAAUUCACUACUUUACUCUGCUUCAUGGGAUAGAACUUUCAAAGUCUGGAGAAUUUCGGAUUUCAAAUGCCUUGAAUCAAUCUGGAAUGCACACGACGACGCCAUAAACGCAAUAGCUUUGUCGAAAAAUGGGUAUGUUUACACAGGUUCAGCAGACAUGAGGAUCAAAAUAUGGAAGAAAGAACAAGGGGAGAAGAACCUACUCACCCUUGUAGCAACAUUAGAAAAACACAAAUCAUCUGUAAAUGCUUUAGCACUUAGCACAGAUGAUUCAGUUUUAUAUUCAGGUGCUUGUGAUAGGUCCAUAAUUGUAUGGGAAAAAGAUAGUGGUGGAAAUGACAAAAUGGUGGUGAGUGGAGCUUUAAGAGGACAUACUAAGGCCAUUUUGUGUUUAGCUGUGGUGGAAGAUUUGGUAUGCAGUGGAUCAGCAGACAAAACUGUGAGAAUAUGGAAGAAAGGAAUUGGAAAAAGUUAUUCAUGUUUGGCUGUUUUGGAAGGGCAUAAUGGUCCAGUAAAAUGUUUGACUGCAAGUUUAGAUAGUAAUAAUAGUAUGAGUAAAGAUGAUUUUGGUUGUGGAAAUUCUUAUCUAGUGUAUAGUGGUAGUUUGGAUUCUGAUAUUAAGGUUUGGAAAAUUUGGGUUCCAUACCAAUAGAGUUUGUGAUAGCUUUGUCUCUUGUUUAGAGACUUAUAGUCAUACUAGGAUUUUUUUGUGUGUAUAGAAAUGAGAAAUCUUCAUUUUACCAUAGUUUUUUGACAAAGAAUUGGUGAAUGGAUCAAUCAAAAGUACUACUACUAGCACUUUU